AUGCCCACAGUACCUACGUCAUCACCCAAUGCCCACAGUACCCACACCAUCACCCAUGACCCCAGUACCAACACCAUCACCAAUGCCCACAGUACCAACACCAUCACCAAUGCCCACAUACCCACGCCAUCACCCAUUAUCCCCAGUACCCACACCAUCACUCAUUACCCUAGUACUAACACCAUCACCAAUGCCCACAGUACCAGCACCAUCACCAAUGCCCGCAGUGCCAGCACCAUCACCAAUACCCACAAACCUCCCGACUACCCUCUCAGCUACGACUUACUGAGGAGGUUGAAGGCCGCGCUGGAGGCCAAGGACGAACAGCGAGUCAGGGGACUGAUCUGCACGGAGAUCAAGCCCGUGGACGCCGCGAUCGAGUUGGCCAAUGAGAAGGACCCGGCCGCUCGGCUGCCCACCGGCGUGCUGUUAGGAGACCUGCCCCGUGUCCGGGCCCUCAUGGACAAGCACUUCCAGGAUGCCAACAUGGUGCUGGAGAUCCACGCAGAGGAGCUGGAGUGGCGGGCGAAGGCCCUGGCCACCUUCGGACUCUCAGGACUCUGGACACUGGAGUACAAGCGCGAGCUCACCACACCCCUGUGCAUUGCGGCGGCCCACGGCCACGCAGCCUCCGUUCGGCGCCUGCUGGGCCACGGUGCACACCCCGAUGCCAGCCCGGGUGGACGAAGUGCACUGCACGAGGCCUGCCUUGGGGCACACACAGCCUGUGCCCGGAUGCUGCUGCAGCAUGGCGCAGACCCGGACCUGCUCAGCGCUGAGGGCCUGGCGGCCCUGCACCUGUGCCGCACCGCAGCCUCGCUCGGGUGCGCACGGGCUCUACUGGAGCACGGAGCAUCGGUGCAGCACGCGGGCGGUCCAGCCCAGGACACCCCAUUGCACGUGGCAGCGCAGCGCGGCCUGGACGAGCACGCGCGCCUCUACCUGGGUCGCGGGGCGUGCGUGGAUGCGAGAAACGGUCGCGGGGAGACUGCCCUGAGCACAGCGUGCGGCUCAGCGUGGAGGCCGGACGAGCAGGUGCGCUACCUGCGCCUGUGCGCUCUGCUACUAGGGCACGGCGCGGCAGUGGACGCGCGCGACGAAGACGAGCGCAGCCCGCUGCACAAGGCCUGUUGCCACGCACGCCACGAUUUGGUGAGCCUGCUGCUGCGGCAUGGCGCCGACCCGGGCGUCCUGGACUACGGCGGUGCCUCUCCGCUGGCACGCGUGCUGCAGAAGGCCGCCUGCGUGCCCGAGGCAGAGCCGCAGCGCACCGUGCAGGCUCUGCUCAACCACGGCUCGCCCACCGUGUGGCCAGACUCCUUCCCCAAGGUGCUGAGGAGCUGUGCGGCCACCCCCAGCGUCAUUGAAGUGCUUUGCAAUGCCUUCUGUCAGCUCCACGUGGCCAAGUCCUGGAAGGAGGCAAUCCCAGACGACGUGUUCCAGACGCACCCCGCCUUCUACCAGUCCUUCUUGGCCCUGGCCCACGGCCCGCGCUGCCUGCAGCACCUGUGCCGCUGCGCCAUUCGCAAGAUGCUGGGCAGGAGGUGCGGCUGCCUCAUCCCCCUGCUCCCCCUGCCUAGACCCCUGCAAGAUUACCUGCUCUUGGAGCCAGAGGGCAUUUUGCGCUGA